AUGCCCCGUGCCAAGUCCCACCGGCGGGCCCAGGCCCAGAAGCGGAGGAUGGCGCAGCCGCAGCCAUGGACCCCCCAGCCGCCUGUCCCCGAGUUCGUUGCUCGGCGCGGUACAGGGUACCGCCAUCGCGUGCGGAGAUGGCCGACUUCGGAGCUGACCCAGCGCAGCUUCAAGUUGGUCACUCCUGCCCAGAAGCCGGACCAGAAGAUGGUGUUCGUCGUGGGAGACUCCCACCUGCGGGCCAUGGUGGAUGGGAUCGUCGCGAUGCCGGAGGUGUUCGUGCUGGACUUCCCUCCACGCCUGAACAUCGAGCCUGGCCUGCAGGAGCUGUUCCGCCAGGAGUUCCGCCGUGUGCACCUCAGCGACAGCGAGGGAACGCCGAUCCUCGUCCAGGCCCUGUGGGACGCCGCGGUCCGCCAGCUGACUCCUCCUCCUCCUCCUCCUCCUCCUUCGGUGCCCCCCCGGACAUCGCCUCGUGCCAGGGUCUCCCCCGUGCUGGUCGUGACGGGACACAGCCCCGCGGCUCGUCACCGCAACCCACUGGAGUGGACCGUUGUCGGACAGGAGGGCAAGAUUCGAGCAUCUCCGGUGCAAGAGUCUGUCCUCCCGUCCAACCCCGUGUGGUUCAGCGGCGACAUCCUGGAGGCCAUGGAGAGGGUUUCGCCAUCCUCGGACAGCGACGUCACUGCCCUUCUGCCAGCUGGCCAGACUUCCCGUGUGAGGCGUUCGCCGAAAGGUGUUGCCACAAGGCGUAGAGGAGGAAAGCGGCAGGUGCUGGCAACACCUUCACCUGCCCGUGUCACCGUGCCUGCCUCCGGGCCCAGACCAGCGGUGCAGCAGGUGGAGGCGACAGUCCAGGAGUCGGCCAGCGUGGUGCCAGGGGUGGUCUUCGGACGGGAGGAGGUCGCCGCAGCGUGCCCUGCCGUCCCAGAGGAGCAACGGAAGAUCAUCAAAGCUAAGGCUGUUUUUGUUCCUUCUGUUUGUGUUAGUGAUGUUCAGUCAGAGUCUAGCGCUAAUGCUGUGGCAACAGGGUCUAACAUAGAUAGCAGCAGGAUUAGGCUAGUUAAAGUUGUGCGCGGUUCAUUUCAUCAGGGAAAUGCCCGAUUUGUGUAUGGAGGAGUCCAGUGUAUGGCUAUAGCUUUGGUCAGCUUAGCCAAACACACAGUGAGGAGCGCGUUCUUGUGGGACAGGCUGGAUCUGGAUCGCGCGUUGGUUGAAGGUGAUGAGUUGUACACGAGUUUGCGUGACCUCAACAUCUUCAGCCAUGUGUCUAAUCUGCUGUCUGUGCCAGAUUUGCCACAGCAGUUGGAAUUAGACGGACGGCUGUUUAGGUUUAGUUUUGGUGACACGGUGUUAGGCGAAGUAGGCGUGACCGAAGGUGAAUACAUCGAUUUCGGUGUAUUCAUCAGCUUGCGUAAUGGACUGGAGAGAAUCUUCAGUCAAUACACCACAUGUCUUUUGACUAUGUGCGGAAACACCACUGCCAUCGUGCGUGAGGGUGGACGGUUCGCUGUGGUCGACAGUCACUCACGCAGUAACACUGGCUUGUUACACCAUGACGGUACAAGCGUGGUUCUGCAUUUCGCGUGUCUCGACGACCUGCACCACUACAUCUGUCGUUUGGCCGACAGUCUCCGUUCGAGGGAGAAGCUCUUUGAGCUGUGUGGUGUGACUGUCAGCACGGAUGCAAGUCCAGCGCAGUCUGGUGUGUCUGUGGAGAGUCUCAUCACUGAGAUGAGCGCUGCUCCGGCACCAGAGUCUAGUGUGCUCACUGAGGCUGGGAGAAAAAGUGAGGUGUUUCCAGGCGUUUGUGUGCCUGAGUGUGGUGUCAGCAUUGCCGCAAGUCCGGCACUGUCUGGCAUUUCUGUGUUGACUUUCUCCAGCGAGGUGAGCAGCGGUUCAGCGGCAGAACCAAUGGUGACCGAUGGCAGAAAGCGUGUCAUUUCUUCCGGCACUUGUAUGUCGAAGAAAUCCAAGAGUUUCGAUGUCCGAGAGGUCAAUUUGGACGUCGAAUUUGUUAGCGAGGUGAGAAGCGAAGAGCUGGUCUUCCAUCCCCUCGGCUUAGAUGUUUGUCGUGCUUUAUGCACAAAGUUGAACGUCGAUUGCGUGAAAGUUGUUAGUCCGGUAGCCACAGAGGAGGGGUUGUUAGGUGUUCCUUGUAGCAAAGAGAGGAUUGUUGCCGAUGGGAACUGCUUCUUCAGAGCCAUCUCUCAGGCUGUGAGUGGUUCUCAGAAGCACCAUCGUAGGAUUAGGUUAGCUGUCUGUAAAGAGUUAGAAAGGAACACUGAUAGAUAUCAGAGUUUUUUGAGGACUGAGUACUCCUCUGUGUUAGAGUAUAUUCAGCAGUCCAGGAUGAGGCGUGUCGGCAGUUGGGCCACAGAGGUGGAAAUUCAGGCGACGGCCGACUGGUUAGGUGUUAGUGUGUUUACGUUCCAUGACGGACGUUGGAUAAAGUAUAGCUGUAGUAGUAAGCAUUUGUCAGCGGAGUGUAUUUACAUAGACAAUGUCAUGGGACGGCAUUUUGAGAAUGUUGUUUGCGUGUGUAAGCCUGGACUGCAUAGUUGUUACGGGUACUGUAAAGUUAGUGAAGUGUCAGGUUAUAGAAUUAGGUCUAGAAUGAUGGAUGUUGUAGAUAGUGACAACACAGCGGUUAGGUGUAGUGAUGUAGUUGGUUCUGUUGUAGGUGUAGAGAAUUGUGCCAAGGUUAUGGAGGGUGCUAGGGAGUUAGUGUCAGGUAGAAUGUCAGGGAAGUCUAAGUACUUAAGGCGGAAGCAGAGGAAGCAGGAAAAGUUGAAUUUGUCGCUUAGAGAGAAACGUCAGUCAAGGAUUAGAAAGAUAUAUCAAGAAAAUAUGGUGUUCAGGGAGAAAGCUAAGUUGUGGAGUGUAGGGGAAUAUAGUAAGAAUUUAGCCCACAGAGAGAGGGUUAAAGAGUUGAGCAUUAGUAAAUACAGAGAAAGCGUAGAGCAUAGGGAGAGUGUUAAGGCCAAGAUUAUGGUCAAAUAUAGGGACAGUGUUGAGUACAGGGAGAGUUUUAAGGCCAAGAGGUUGGUCAGAUAUAGGGACAGUGUUGAGCACAGGGAGAGUGUUAAGGCUAAGAAGUUGGUCAGAUAUAGGGACAGUGUUGAGCAUAGGGAGAGUGUUAAGGCUAAGAGGUUGGUCAGAUAUAGGGACAGCAUUGACCAAAGGGAAAAAGAAAUAGAAAGCAUUAAGAGUAAGUAUCAUGGUAGUGUAGAGUAUAAGGAGAGAGUUAUUUCCAGUGUUAGGUUAGGCAGAAAGCAGAAGGUAGAGAAAGCAAAAGAUUUUGGCUUUGUUAUGGCACAGUUUUUAGAAAAGGUCAGAGAUGGACCUGAUUUUGUGUGCUGUGUGUGUCAUAGGUUGUUUUUUAGAUAUCAGGUGGUUAGUUGUGAUAGGGAAACUUAUAGGGAAAGUUCAGCGACAGCGGCUGUGGCAGAUAGGUGUAUAGGCCAGCAGUAUUUACAUAGGUGUAGUGGGGAGUGUGUUGCGCCGUGUUUGUUGGUUUCAUCGCGCGGUAAUUUGUGGAUUUGUUACACAUGUCAUAGGAAGCUUAGUUCAGGUGAGAUGCCAGCUGAAUGCUGGGUUAAUAACUUGGAGCUUGAUCCCAUUCCUGCUGAACUGGGAUCUUUGAAUAGUUUAGAACAGCAUCUUAUUGCGUUACAUAUUCCAUUCAUGAAGAUGUUGGCACUGCCUAAAGGCGGGCAGAAUGGAGUACAUGGACCGGUGACAUGUGUUCCAGCCAACAUUGUUCAGACUGUGAAUGUGUUGCCGCGUUCGAGCAUGGAAGGGUCUCUGCUUCAGGUUAAGCUGAAGCGGAAACUCACCUAUAAAGGGUAUUACGAGUAUCAGUUUGUCGAUACGUUGCGUGUAAGACAGGCGCUAGAGUACUUAAAGAGGACAAAUGUUCACUAUAGAAAUAUUGAAUUUAAUGAGCACUGGGUUAAUGAGUUUGUUAGGGAGGAAGAUAGGGAGAAGGAAGAGGCCGAAUCAGGCAGUGAGGAUGAGGCUGAGGUUAGGUUAGGUCAGGUUACGGUUCAGUCUGAAAUGUGUGAGCUAGCAGAAUCAGCAGACAUAGGACAGGAUGAACUGUUACAUGACAGACAACAGCACUGCAUGUUUCAGGACACUUGUCUUAUGCCUGUUGAUAUUGGUCAGGAAGCUUUAGAUCAGUAUUUUAAGGAUAUAUUGAAUAUUGCGCCUGCAGAAGGGAAUAGUCCGGUAAGAAUGCUUUCUGACCACACGAACGAGGCAAAGUGUUUCCCGGUGUUGUUUCCGACGGGUGGUAAGACUUUUCAUGAUGGUCGGUGGCACGACUUGACGUUGGCGCGUUAUCUUAAUAAUAGGAUUAUGCAUGCCGACGGUCGUUUUGCGCGUAAUGUAGAGUAUAUAUUUUUUGCGCAGUACGUGUCGGAGUUGGACAAGGUUGUGUCCAGUGUUUCCGUCGCAUUGCGUAAGGAUAAAGGAGGUCAGAGGCCUCAACGGGUUAGUGAGGAUAUGUUGGCAGAUGCGGACGCCUUGAAGCAGUUGUUGGCGUGUGAUGAUGGGUUUAGGUUUCUUAAACCCAUUAGAGGAACUCCGGCCUUCUGGCAGUCUGUCCAGAAGGACGUGAUGGCUUGUGUGCGUCAGUUAGGCAUUCCGACGUGGUUUUGCUCGUUUUCGUCUGCGGAUAUGCGCUGGCAGAAUCUUCUGACCAGCAUCCUGAAACAGGAAGGCAGAUCGCAGACGGUAGAGGAUUUGGAGUGGGCAGAUAGGUGUGCGUUGUUGCGACGUAAUCCUGUGACCGCGGCGCGGAUGUUUGAUUACAGGUGGCAUUGUUUUCUGAAAGAGGUUCUCAUGUCUCCCUGUCAACCAAUCGGCAAGAUCGUUGAUUACUUUUAUAGGGUAGAAUUUCAACAAAGAGGCUCACCACAUGUACACUGUUUAUUUUGGAUCGAGGGUGCUCCCCAAAUUGAUAAAAACACAGAUGAGGAGGUAGUUGAGUUUAUCGACCGCUACGUUACGUGUGAGCUACCCUCAGAUGAUGACACACUAUUGGACACAGUGUCAUCUGUUCAAACACAUUCCAAACGACAUUCAAAGUCAUGCAGAAAACACAAAACGACGUGUCGUUUCAAUUUUCCAAAACCUGUGUCUGCGCGUACAUUCAUUUGUAGAAUGCCUGAGUGCAAGUGUGAUAAGAACAAGAAGACAGGUGAGGCUGAAUCUAAUUCAGAAAACAAGCCAGCCUGUAAAUGUUUUGAGGACAGGGAUAAAAUGCCCAAAGAGUUUGCGCACAAAAUUCUUGAAGAUGUCAAGAAAGCUGUGGAAUGCGAUGUGCCUCCUGCCAGUGUAGAGGAGUUGUUUCAUAGUUUGCGUAUUAAUCAGGAGAUUUUUGAGAGGGCUUAUAGGCGUUUAGAGAAGAGGCAUAAGGUAGUGUAUAGGAGAGGGGUGAACGAGGUUUGGGUUAAUCAAUAUAGCAAGAAGUUGUUGAAGUGCUGGAAUGCUAACAUGGACAUUAGCUUUGUCACCGACGCCUACGCAGUAGUAAUAUACAUAAUAUCGUAUAUUACGAAAGCAGAGAGAGAAAUUGGCCUCUUAUUGAGUAAUGCCCAAAAAGAAGCAAAAAAACAAGGGAAUCUCUCUGCUAAAGAAGCCCUGCGGAAGCUGGGCAGUGUAUAUUUACACAACAGAGAUGUUUGUGCGCAGGAGGCGGUGUAUAGGCUAACGAACAUGCACCUUAGGGAGUGUUCCAGAAAGGUUGUGUUUGUGCCGACAGGCAGUAGGAUAGUUAAAAUGAGUUUGCCCCUCAGUGUGUUGAGGCAGAUGGCGGCCUCCCGUGAUCUACGGGAGGAGGAUAUGUUUAUGAUAAGUAUUGUAGAUAGAUAUAGAAAUAGGCCUGAUAGCGACGUGUUUGAAAACAUGUGUAUGGCCACCUUUGCAUCUGAGUAUCGUGUUCUCAGCAAAAAUGAAAUGUCUAAAGACAGAAUUGAACUUAAGAAUGACUUAGGAUUCAUUCUUAGGAGAACACGCACUCAGUUUGCAGUGGUGCGGUACAUGCGUUUUAAUUUGGAUAGAGAGGAGGAGGCACAUUUUCAGAGCCUGUUGCAGUUGUUUCUUCCUUAUAGAACUGACUCAGACCUCAAACCUGAUGGCUUUGAGCUGUUUGAGCAGUUCUAUAACGAUGGUGAGGUGUUGUUUAGCGACGGCUCUGUACAUUCGGUUAGUGAUGUUGUCGAUGAGAAUAGGGCAAGGUUUGAGGUUAAUUGUCCUCACCUUGAGUUAGCUCAGGAGAUAGCUGCGCAGAAUAACGGUGUAGAUGAGGAUGUUUGGGGUGAGCUUUGUCCUGAACAGGAAGCGGAACGCCUUGAGGGUUUAGAGGAGAUGAGGCAGCAGCGGGAAGGUGAGUUAGCUGAGGAACAGUUGGUUGAGUCAUUGGUGAAUGUGCCAGAUUUGAUUGUUGGUGGCAGACAGGUAGCGCAGUUAGAGAGAAACAGGUCCAUUUUAUCUAGAACUGAGGGUUUAGCGCUUGUUAGGUCUCUGAAUGAGACACAGCUUGCUGUUUUUUAUAAGGUGAGACACUGGUGUCUGCAGAAGGUGAUGGGUAAAAACCCAGAGCCUCUGCGUGUAUUUGUGACAGGUGGUGCAGGGACGGGGAAAAGUCAUUUAAUUAGGGCUAUCCAGUAUGAGGCAGCGCGGCUGCUGUCAACACUUUGUGAUCAACCAGACGAUAUCUGUAUUUUGUUAACUGCUCCAACAGGAAUAGCUGCAUACAAUUUAAAUGCAGCAACAAUUCAUCACACAUUGAGUAUUGGCAAACAGGCUAGUUUACCUUACACCCCUCUGGGUGAAGAUAAACUAAACUCUUUGCGAGCAAAAUUAAGUCACCUCCAAAUUUUAAUUAUAGAUGAAAUAAGUAUGGUUAAUCACAACCUGUUGGCUUAUGUCCACGGUAGAUUGAGACAGAUAAAACAGACAGGCGACUUUUCCCCGUUUGGUAAUGUUAGCGUGAUAGCUGUCGGGGACUUCUAUCAGUUGCCUCCCGUUAAAGGGAAGCCUCUGUAUAGUAGUCCUGUUGGUGUGGACCUGUGGUGUAAUUUCAGCACCGUGGAGCUGAAAAAGAUAGUUAGGCAGAAGGAUAGUGUUUUUGCAGAGAUGCUGAAUAGGUUAAGAGUGCGUUCCAGGGCCACCCCAAUGUUAGAUAGCGACGUUGAAAUGUUGAAGAUGCGCGAGACCGGCGAGGUGAGCUCAGCCUUGCAUAUCUUUGCGACGAAUAGGCAAGUAAGUGAGCACAACCUAAAUUAUCUGUUUGACUGUUGUCCUGAUUAUGUCACCAUUGAGGCGCAGGAUUUUGUGACUAACAGGACAACAGGGAAUUUGGAACGGAUGCCCGGGCAUCACGGCGUUGCGGCGGACACGUCUCUACCGGAGACUUUGUGUAUAGCGAGGAACGCGCGAGUCAUGUUAUGUAAGAACGUGGAUGUUGCGGACGGCCUGGUCAAUGGAGCAUGUGGCACGGUUACUCAGAUAGUUUUUGGAGAGGAUUCCACGUUUCCUCUCACCGUGUAUGUUAGAUUUGAUGAUGUGAAUAUUGGUUCAGAUAGGAGGAAAAACCGUGCACAUGCAGCAGUAGAAUGCCUGCAGUCUACUGCCAUUGAUCCAGAGGAGGAUAGAGCCACCAAGCGUGGCGGUUUGCGUCGUCAGUUUCCUCUGAGGUUAGCGUGGGCUUGCACUGUUCACAAAGUGCAAGGACUCACUGUGGACGAGGCGGUAGUGUCUUUGAAGAGGGUGUUUGCACCGGGGCAGGCAUAUGUAGCGCUUAGUCGUGUUAGGGCCUUGUCUGGACUGAUCAUCGAGGAUUUUUCAGAGAAGGCAAUUUAUUGCAAGAACGCCAUAAAGGAGGCCUUGGAUAGCAUGCCUCCAUUUUUGAUUGAGCAGCCAGAGCCUUCAUUAAAUGCACACAGUUUCUCUGUGUAUUUAAUGAACGUUCAAAAUUUAAGUCGGCAUGUGUUAGAUUUGGUGUCUUGCACGCAGCAUUUACAGCUUACCUGUAUUGCUGUGACAGAAACGUGGCUCACUGCACAGUCUUCAUUAGACGGUGUCCAAAUUGAAGGUUACACUUUCCACAAUCGUCCUCGUGGCUUGUGUUACAGCAGCAGUAACCCCAAAUUGUUAGAGCUAAAGAACCUAGAACACGGUGGAGUUGGUUUGUAUAGUGUAGACAAUUUGGACUGUAACAUUCUGCAGGUGCCCGAUUUGAAUCUGGAGUGUUUGGUGUGCCUGUGCAACAAAUUCAACAUAUUGUUGGCAGUAAUUUAUCGUCCACCGUGUUAUCCAAUUUCUUUAUUCAAACAAAAUCUGGGGAAGUUACUUGAUUGGUUAAAUCCAAUCAGUAACACAAUUGUAAUAAUGGGGGAUUUCAAUGACAACAUUUUAAAAACAUCCUCAAUUUGCAAAUUUAUGGGUGAAAAAGGAUUUAGUCAGCAUGUAACACAAGAAACUACGGAGAAGGGGACACUAAUUGACCAUGUUUAUGUUAAAACAACACAGUAUAAUGUGAACUGUGCAGUGAUGCCUACGUAUUUUAGUGAUCACGAAGGUGUUUUGUGUAGCUUUAGUGUUAACGAUGAUCAGGGGUUAGUUGUUGACUUGGAGGAGGUAGAGGGCCUCUUCGAGUCAGACGUGGAUUUUGAUGAGGGUUAGGUUGGUUUGUUUGGCAAAGGAAGCAAACAAUGAAU